AUCCUAGCCAUCAUCUCCAUCCUGUUCAUCGUCCUUUCCACCAUCGCCCUGUCCCUCAACACCCUGCCUGAGCUGCAGGACACAGACGAGCUUGGCCACGCCUCAGACAACCCCCAGCUGGCCCACGUAGAGGCCAUCUGCAUCGCAUGGUUCACUAUGGAGUACCUCCUCCGCUUCCUCUCAUCCCCCACCAAAUGGAAGUUCAUCAAAGGUGAACACUUCUGUUUCUAAUAUACACUGCUCAAAAAAAUUAAGGGAACACUUAAACAACACAAUGUAACUCCAAGUCAAUCAAACUUCUGUGAAAUCAAACUCUCCACUUAGGAAGCAACACUGAUUGACAAUAAAUUUCACAUGCUGUUGUGCAAAUGGAAUAGACAACAGGUGGAAAUUAUAGGCAAUUAGCAAGACACCCCCAAUAAAGGACUGGUUUUGCAGGUGGUGACCACAGACCACUUCUCAGUUCCUAUGCUUCCUGGCUGAUAUUUUGGUCACUUUUGAAUGCUGGCGGUGCUUUCACUCUAGUGGUAGCAUGAGACGGAGUCUACAACCCACACAAGUGGCUCAGGUAGUGCAGCUCAUCCAGGAUGGCACAUCAAUGCGAGCUGUGGCAAGAAGGUUUGCUGUGUCUGUCAGCGUAGUGUCCAGAGCAUGGAGGCGCUACCAGGAGACAGGCCAGUACAUCAGGAGACGUGGAGAAGGCCGUAGGAGGGCAACAACCCAGCAGCAGGACUGCUACCUCUGCCUUUGUGCAAGGAGGAGCAGGAGGAGCACUGCCAGAGCCCUGCAAAAUGACCUCCUGCAGGCCACAAAUGUGCAUGUGUCUGCUCAAACGGUCAGAAACAGACUCCAUGAGGGUGGUAUGAGGGCCCGACGUCCACAGGUGGGGGUUGUGCUUACAGCCCAACACCGUGCAGGAUGUUUGGCAUUUGCCAGAGAACACCAAGAUUGGCAAAUUCGCCACUGGCGCCCUGUGCUCUUCACAGAUGAAAGCAGGUUCACACUGAGCACAUGUGACAGACGUGACAGAGUCUGGAGACACCGUGGAGAACAUUCUGCUGCCUGCAACAUCCUCCAGCAUGACCGGUUUGGCGGUGGGUCAGUCAUGGUGUGGGGUGGCAUUUCUUUGGGGGGCCGCACAGCCCUCCAUGUGCUCGCCAGAGGUAGCCUGACUGCCAUUAGGUACCGAGAUGAGAUCCUCAGACCCCUUGUGAGACCAUAUGCUGGUGCGGUUGGCCCUGGGUUCCUCCUAAUGCAAGACAAUGCUAGACCUCAUGUGGCUGGAGUGUGUCAGCAGUUCCUGCAAGAGGAAGGCAUUGAUGCUAUGGACUGGCCGCCCGUUCCCCAGACCUGAAUCCAAUUGAGCACAUCUGGGACAUCAUGUCUCGCUCCAUCCACCAACGCCACGUUGCACCACAGACUGUCCAGGAGUUGGCGGAUGCUUUAGUCCAGGUCUGGGAGGAGAUCCCUCAGGAGACCAUCCGCCACCUCAUCAGGAGCAUGCCCAGGCGUUGUAGGGAGGUCAUACAGGCACGUGGAGGCCACACACACUACUGAGCCUCAUUUUGACUUGUUUUAAGGACAUUACAUUUUUAAAAAAAAAUUUUUUUGUCAUUUUAGCAGACGCUCUUAUCCAGAGCGACUUACAGUUAGUGAAUGCAUACAUUAUUUAAUUUUUUCCAACCCCCUGUGGGAAUCGAACCCACAACCCUGGCGUUGCAAACGCCAUGCUCUACCAACUGAGCUACAUCCCUGCCGGCCAUUCCCUCCCCUACCCUGGACGACGCUGGGCCAAUUGUGCGCCGCCCCAUGGGUCUCCCGGUCACGGCCAGCUACGACAGAGCCUGGAUUACAUCAAAGUUGGAUCAGCCUGUAGUGUGGUUUUCCACUUUAAUUUUGAGGGUGACUCCAAAUCCAGACCUCCAUGGGUUGAUCAAUUUGAUUUCCAUUGAUAAUUUUUGUGUGAUUUUGUUGUCAGCACAUUCAACUAUGUAAAGAAAAAAGUAUUUAAUAAGAUUAUUUCAUUCAUUCAGAUCUAGGAUGUGUUAUUUUAGUGUUCCCUUAUUUUUUUGAGCAGUGUACAUUUAAGAUGUGCUACCUUUAGUGUCUGUCUGUGUGUCCACUGUUGUGUAUUUAUUGGUGUUUUAUGUUUUAGCUGUUGCAAACAACUUUCCCUGAGGAUGAAUAAAGUACUGUCUUAUCUUAUCUUUAAGGUCCCCUGAACGUGAUCGACCUGCUGGCCAUCCUUCCUUAUUACAUCACAAUCUUUCUGACCGAGUCCAACAAAAGUGUUCUACAGUUCCAGAACGUCCGGAGGGUGGUUCAGAUCUUCCGGAUCAUGCGUAUCCUGAGAAUUCUGAAGCUUGCGCGUCACUCCACAGGGCUACAGUCUCUAGGUUUCACCCUGAAGAGGAGUUACAACGAGCUGGGUCUACUCAUACUCUUCCUGGCCAUGGGCAUCAUGAUCUUCUCCAGCCUCGUCUUCUUUGCCGAGAAGGACGAGGAUGACACCAAGUUCAAAAGCAUCCCUGCCUCCUUCUGGUGGGCCACCAUUACUAUGACCACGGUUGGUUACGGGGACAUUUACCCUAAGACUUUGCUUGGGAAGAUUGUGGGGGGUCUGUGUUGCAUUGCAGGGGUGUUGGUGAUAGCCCUGCCCAUCCCCAUCAUCGUCAACAACUUCUCAGAGUUCUACAAGGAGCAGAAGCGUCAGGAGAAAGCUGUGAAGCGGCGUGAGGCGCUGGAGAGGGCGAAACGCAAUGGGAGCAUUGUCUCCAUGAACAUGAAGGAGGCGUUUGCCCGCAGCGCCCAGCUGAUGAACGUGGUGGUGGAGAAGAGCGAGAGGCUGCUGACGCAAGACAACCACCUCUCGCCCAGCCACUGGAAGUGGACACCCAAGCGGGCUGCCUCCGCCUCCGAGACCAGCUCGGCCCACUCCUUCAACCCCGUGGAGUCCCAGACGGGUUCCCCCAGUAAGGCCAGGGCCUCCAGUCCUCAGGGGCUCAACGCUCAGAAGCUGGAGGAGAUGUAUUACCAGAUGGCCAAGACCCAGUCACAGCCCAACCUCAACGCCAAAGACAACAGCUCCAGGGCUGGCAGACAGAGGGAUGAGAUAGAGCUGAGGGCCAUCCCUGGGGGUCCAGGGGACCCUAUGCUAGGGGGUCGAGAGGGGGUGGGGGACAUGAAGAGCCUGUCUAGUAUUGACAGCUACAUCAGCUGUGCUGCAGACUUCCAGGAGAAUCCACGUGGUGUCUACCCCCACAGUCCAGUCUCCGGCCUAGCCCUCCUUGCCCAGGAGACCAGCCACUUCUCCCAUAUCAGCCCAGCCAUGGCCCUCUCUGGGCGGGUCAGCACCAACCCUGGCCUCCAGACCACCCUGGAGCAUGAGCCCAUGCUCACUUCCCUUUCUGCUGCAAAAAACUCAGGCUCGGACAACACUCGCAACUUCAACAAACCUUUGAAAGAUGGCAGCCACUCCUACAAGGUGAACUACCGGAGCAGUGGAGGGGAAUCGGGGCCAGGACCAGGUCGGUCACCCAGCAGCGGUGAUCCUCUCUCAGGCAGCUCCAUCCUGUCUGACCGCUCCCUGCUCAGCCCGGAGACGUCCAUCUACACCACAGCCAGCAGCAGGACCCCACCCAAGUCUCCGGACAGUUCCACCCUGACCACGGCCCUGACCUCCACCCCGUCUGUCUUCACCUUCCACGACUCCUCCAUCAGUAAGUACAUUGACGCCGAUACGGAUGAUGACGAGCACCUGCGGGACAUGUCUGACGCCACCAGCCCCUCGGAGUGCCUGCUGACUGGCUCCAGUGCCCCUAAACGCAGCAGGAACAUCAACAGCGGCUACAACCAGAGAGGCAUCAACCACCUGGCAUCAAGCACCACCCAGCGAAUGCUGGGGCAGAACUGCCUGUUCCCCGGCCUGGAUGGGGGGACGCGGGGGAGUGGGGGCCACAUGGAGAACCAUGUGGUGCCGGAGCUGCCCCGCAGGCCCAAAGGGGACAGAGGAAAGUCUAGUACCAUGGAUGAGAGCCUCUGA